AACCCAAAAACAAAAACACCAUAAACAACCAACCCCACUUUUUUCUCUUACCUAAAACAAUGAACAUCAAAACCACCAUCCUCUUUUGGCUCACCACCUUACUCAUUCUUCUCCUCUCUCUCAUACUUUCCCAACACUCUUCUCACUCUUCCACUACUCCAUACUUUACCAUUCGUCCGAUUCUCGACGUCGAUUUUUUUCGCUUAGAUGAAAUAUUCUCGAUUUUACGAAGAAUCGUCUAUAAAGGACACCACCAUCAUAAUCACCAUCAUCAUAAUCACACAAGAAGGCAAAAUGUUUCAUGUAAUGAAAACAUAUGGAAGUCUAGUCUCAUAUCAUUGUACAAUGUUACCUCUGUUUUUACAGUCGAUUCAAAGGGCUGUGCGAAUUUCAGCACCGUUCAGAAAGCGGUUGAUUCCGCACCUGAUUUUAGCCGUGCUUGGACGCUUAUCAUCGUUGGUUCAGGCACAUAUAGGGAAAAAAUAGAGAUAAGUUCUAACAAGACAAACUUAAUAGUACAAGGCCAAGGUUACCUCAAAACUGCUAUAGAAUGGAACGACACGGCGAAUUCGACCGGAGGGACGAGCUACAGCUCUACUUUUGCUGUUUCUGCUCCCAACUUUAUAGCUUACAACAUUAGCUUUAUGAACACAGCUCCAGCUCCAGAUCCAGGGGAAGUUGGAGGACAAGCAUUAGCAUUAAGGGUUUCGGGCGAUAAAUCGGCUUUUUACGGAUGUGGAUUUUACGGAGCGCAAGAUACAUUAAAUGAUGAUCAAGGCAGGCAUUAUUACAAAGAAUGUUUUAUCCAGGGCUCCAUUGAUUUCAUUUUUGGAAAUGCCAGAUCACUUUUUGAGGAUUGCACGAUAAAUUCGACGGCAAAAGACGUAAGUUUGGCUGGUGGUGGGGUAAGUGGCAGUAUCACAGCCCAGGGAAGAGAUUCGGCGAACGAAAAAUCGGGAUUCUCGUUUGUGAAAUGCAGCAUACGUGGCAGUGGGAAAGUGUGGCUGGGGAGAGCAUGGGGGCAUUAUUCGACUACAAUUUUCUCCAAAACAUACAUGUCUGAAGUUGUUGCUGCCGAGGGAUGGAAUGAUUGGAGGGAUUCUUCUAGAGAUCAAACGGUUAUGUUUGGGGAAUACGAGUGUUAUGGGCCGGGGGCUAACUCGACGAACAGAGUGGGAUACGGGAAGCAGUUGAGGCAAUCGGAAGCAGCUCCGUAUCUUGAUGUUUCGUUCAUUGAUGGAGAAGAAUGGCUUCUUGAUAAUGAUAAUUCACUGCAUUUUCUUGAUGUUCAAUCAGAUUUUGUUAAGGAUUACUGAUUUGGAAUAUAAGCAAUUUGAGCUACAAUAGUUAUAAGCAUAUACCACAUGUACUACUUUUAUAAUUAUACAGUGUAUUAUGUAUUAUUGUACAUUGGUUUUGUAUUUUGUUACACCUAAUUUCGAAUAAUUUGGGUUGAA